AUGAGUAAAGUUUUAGCAAUUGUUACAGGUGCAAGUAAAGGAUUUGGAAAAGCAAUUGCACAAGAAAUUGUUAAAUGUAAUCCAAAUAAAAAUCAAUUAAUUGAUUUAGUUUUAUUUGCAAGAUCAUUAGAUGGAUUAAAAUCAACUAAAGAAUCAAUUGAAACAAUUUCAACCAAUGCCAAAGUUAUUGAUUUACAAAGUUUAGAUAUGUCAAAUAUUCCAGAUGUUGAAUUAAAAUUUAAAUCUGUUUUAGAAAAUAUUAAAUGGGAAGAAUAUUCAAAGAUUUGUUUUUUUAAUAAUCAUGGUACAUUAUAUCAUUUAGGUCGUAUUGAAGAUUUUUCAGAUUUUAAAAAUAUUCAAAAAGAUAAUGAUACCAAUACAACAUCAUUUGUAGUUACAACAUCAUUAUUAGUAAAGAAAUUAAAAGAACUUGGUUCACAAUAUUCAUCAGAAGUAACAAUUGUAAAUUCUUCAUCACUUUGUGCAAUUAAAGCUUUUCCAACUUGGAGUUUAUAUUGUUCUUCAAGAGCAUAUCGUGAUAUGUUUUUCCAAGCACUUUCUUUAGAAUAUAAAUUAAAUGAUAAAUUUAAAGUUUUAAAUUAUUCAUUAGGUGUAUUAGAUACUGAUAUGCAAAGUCAAGUUAGAGAAGAAUGUUCAGAAGAUGAUAAAUCAUUUUAUGUUGGUUUAAAAAAUGAUGGUAAAUUAAUUAAUCCAAAUAGAUCUGCUUCAAUUUGUUCAAAUUUAGUUUAUUCUCAUAAAUUUGAAACUGGUUCUCAUUUAGAUUAUUAUGAUUUAGAUAAAUAA